UGGCUCAAUGUGAAUCAGUGAAUUAAAUACUUGAAGAGUACAGAAGAAGGAAAAAAAAAAAAAAAACACAUUGCCUCAUCAGAAAAGCUCAAAGGUCAAGGAACAUCAAGAUUUCUGUAUUUAAUACCCCCCCCCCCCCCCCCCCCCCCCCCAGCAGCAUAAAACCAUGCCCAUCACAGAGCAAUAUCAGAAACAAGAGAGAGAGAGAGAGCAGAAACAAUGGGGGAUGAGAGCAAAGUAAUCCUGCAUGGGAUGUGGGCAAGCCCAUAUAUGAAGAGAGUGGAAAUUGCUCUUAAACUCAAAGCCAUACCUUUUGAGUAUGUUGAAGAAGAUCUGAGCAACAAGAGCCCCUUGCUCCUGAAAUACAAUCCUGUUUACAAGAAAGUCCCGGUGCUCGUCCACAAUGGAAAACCAGUCUCAGAAUCACUCCUCAUUGUUGAAUACAUUGAUGAAGUAUGGAACGAUGGUCCUCGGAUACUGCCAGAGGAGCCCUACGAAAGAGCCAGGGUUAGAUUCUGGGCUGAUUACAUCCAAAAGGUUUUCUACAGCAUGUCCAAGAUCUUUAACAAUGAAGGGGAAGAGUUAACGAAAGCCUGUGAUGAGUUUUACGAGAAACUGAAAGUGCUGGAAGAUGGAAUCAAGGAUUUAUUUCCAGGUGGUGAUCCAAGGGCUCAAGGCAGGAACUUGGGACUUCUGGAUGUUGUGAUAGUUCCCACUCUUGGAGCCUACAAGGCACAAGAACAAGUCCUGGGUGUGAAGAUUCUUGACCCAGAGAGGAAUCCAUUGAUGUACUCAUGGGUGAAUAGUUUGCUUGAGCUGCCUCUCGUCCAAGAAAUCGCUCCGCCCCAUGAAAAGGUGGUUGCACUUCUUCAAAUGCUCAAAGAAAAUGGUGUCAAGUUUGAAGCCAAUUGAGAGCAUAUGCUACUGAAACAGUCACUCUUUGUGAUUGGAGUUGGCUGCUAUCCAUCGGUUUGCUUGUAAUAAGGCCAUGAAUUCCAUUUCAAUACAAAUUUGUCACAAAUUUCUGUCAUGUAGCCUACAUUUUGAGAUUAAGUUUGGCAUUAGUUUGAUUA